UGCGCAGGCGCGGCCAGGCCGGGGGCCGAGUCUCGGGGUGGAGCCAAGAACUGGGGCGUGCGCAGUCGGUGGCGCCGUUGCUGUCCAGCUUGCGGGUUCGGGGUGUGGUGGUCUGGGGAGAGUCGGGAACCGAGAUGGAGAAGGCGACCAAGGUCCCUUUGCCCCUUGUUCAAGUGGACGGAGAGGACCGCAGCCCGUGACGGUUUCAACAGCGCUUCAUUCGCGUGAAAGGAAACAGACGCAAAGGCUGAAGGUUGAACAUGGUUUUCCUAGCCCAGCCCAGUGCACUUGACGCGCUGUACGAAGAACAGUCAACAACAACAACAAAGAAAGUUCCUCAGUGAGGCCGUAGGGGUUUCCAGAGGACUCACAGGUUAGAAGGCCUAAGGGAGGAGAUGAUGAAAAGUAGCGCCUGUGUGGAGGUAGGAUGCAAAGAGUUCCCUGAAGGGAGAAGGGUAGAGACCUGAAUUACAUCUAACUAAUUUUAGCCCUGGAGGCGGAGGCAGGAAGAUUAUGAGUUCCAGGGGAUCCUGGCCUAUACAGUCUUACCUAUCUCAAAGCAAAUGGAGAACCAUUAGGCAGGAACGUGUCGAUUACAAGAAUAAGACUGGACAAGCUAGUGAAGAUCUUUGAAUACCAGCUGUCAGGAGACCUUUCAGGGAACCCCAAAAGAAAAGAAAGAAGGUAGAGUAUUUUAACAGCCUGCCCUAAUGUCUGGAAGCGGUUUUGGUUGGAUGGAAAAACGAAGUCAAACUAGACAGUGUUGGCUCACACCUUUAAUCCCAGCACUUCGGAGACAGAAGCAGGUGGCUCUCUGAGUUCAAGGCCAGCCCUAGUCUACAUAGAGAAACCCUGUGUCAGAAUCGAGUCAUCUCUGUCACCGGCUAUCUGGAAGAUCUGGGCAAACCUCCUCUAUCUGGGUCUGGUUGGUUCUUUUACUGCUUAGUCAGGGGUACAAAUCUAGUGUUCAGUAUGUUCACUAGUGUGGCAGUGGUGUGGAGAAGCAAAGUGCAUCUGUUAGAAGAUAUUAGAGAGAAAUGUAUCUAGUAAUGAAGAGACUCGUGUUUGCCAAAAGGGGUUGCCAAGCCCACUUUCCCCAUCAAGUGGAGCAAUGAAAAAGUAGCUCCUGACUGGAACUUGCACUCUCCUCCCUGAAUCCUUGCUGUUGUCAAGAACUGGCCUGGCACCCAUAGUGAGGCGGUGGUGGUGUCUCAUUCAGCUCAGUUUUACAAAACACCAAUUUCAGAUAAAUUUACACUCUGGCGGAUAAGAAGUUCUCUGUAACUGCGCUGACAGAAAAAGCCACGGCUGGAGCCAACUCUAGUUCAGUGCCUGGGACCCAACUUGUGUGGCUCACAACCAUUUGUAAGUCCAGCUCCAGAGGUUCAAAACCCUCCUCUGACCUCCAAGGGCAUCCAAACACAGACAUCCAUAUGCAAAAAUAAUAAAUCUUUAAAAAAAAGAAAAGAAACUCACUUGGAGCUUUUAAAAAGACAAAUGUGGGACUUGAUGGGGAAAGCUGCAGCUGUGGGUCAGUGCUCACCUCACAGAAGGAAGCCCAUACGAGGAAGUUUGCUUCACCUCCUAGCUCUGGCACAAAAAGAACCAAACUGAGCCUGAUGAGGUGGCAAACAGUUUUAAUCCCAGCACUCAGGAGGCAGAGGCAGACAGGUCUCUGGGUCUGAAGCUAGCCUGGUCUACAGAGUGAGGUCCAGGAUAGCCAAGGCUACACAGGGAAAGCCUGUCUAGAGAAAUAAAACAAAAGACAAAGAAGCAGACAAAACUGGCUUCAGUUUUAGGACUCCUAACUAUUUUUGUUUCUUGAGACCGUGCAUGAUGCCAUUGUUUGAUGUUCUCUGACCAGUGCCAAGUGCUACAGAACAGCCUUUGUCACACCACAGAGCACUCUACAACAAAAGGAGGGGACAUUUCUCUUAGUCCAACUACAAAUGUUUGCUCCACAGUCUCCUGAUUAGCAAAAUCCCGGAGAAGAGGCAGGCUGUGUGAUAAAAGUCCAGGCUCCAUCUACCUGACCUAGAGGAGCCCCUGAGCCCUGCUGUGGCCUGUUGCUCUUCUUUCAGAUAGAAGGUGUUCAGCCAGAGUUAUUCCUGCUUCCUGACAGUGAUCUAAGCAGAGCAAAACCGCUGUCCAAAUCUUAGAGACCCAACACAUAAACCGCUGGUGUGUACCCAUCCCCUUCUCUCUGUGAGCCUGUAGCCAUGGGAACUGAAGCCAAGUACACAAUAACAUCUCCAUGAACAAAUCCUCAGGGAACAAAGUUCAUUUUAAUACAGCUGGGCUAACCACAGAAGAAUCUGGGGGCCUCUCCAGGCUUGGCAGCAUCUUGCUGCCUGCUUCCUGGCUCCAAGCUGCCUCUGGAGGAGGAGAAAGUGAAACUAUCACAGGGAUCCCAGGCUGGCCUCGAACUCCUGAUACUCAGGCCUCCACCACAUAAGUGCUGAGGUUACAGGACCGCAUCGCCAUAAUGAGGAUGUUCCUCAGUUCCUGGCUCCGUGUCUUAUGCUGUUUCAGCAGGCACUCCACGGAGCCCCAGAUCCCUCUGCUCCCCAUGGGCAGCUGCCAGGCAGGGCACAACUUGCAUUUCUGUCUGGCUCAUCACCCACCUUUGGUCUGUGCCGCUUUGAUCCUGCUGCUCCUUGGCCUUUCUGGCCUGGGCCUUGGUGGCUUCCUCCUCACGCACACAGCUGGCCUCCGUAGCCCUGACAUUCCUCAGGAUUGGGUUUCCUUCUUGAGAUCUUUUGGCCAGCUAAGUCUGUGUCCCAUGAAUGAGACAGUCACAGGGGCGUGGCAAGGGCCUCACGUCGUUGGCUUACUGACCACUUUGAACUUCGGAGAUGAUCCAGACAGAAACAAAACCCAAACAUUCCAAGCCAAGAUCCAUGGUAGUCAGAUAGGAUUGAAAGGGCCCUCUGCCGGAGAGUCUGUCCUUGUCACAGCCAGAGUGGCCUCAGGAAGGACUGCAAGGACCUGUUUGUAUUUUAGUGGUGUUCCAAAAAUCCUGCCCUCUAGCCAACCACCUAUAUCCUGCUCAGAGGAGGGAGCUGGAAAUGCUACCCUGAGCCCAGUGAUGGGCGAGGAGUGCGUUAGGGUCUGGAGCCACGAGCGCCUUGUGCUCACCAAGCUGCUUACUUCAGAGGAGCUGGCUCUGUGUGGCAGCAGACUGCUGGUCUUGGGCUCCUUCCUGGUUCUGCUCUGUGGUUUUCUGUGCUGUGCCACUGCAGUCUGCUUCCAUCCACGCCCAGAGUUUCACUGGUCUAGAGCGCGAAUUUGAGGGCCAUGAACUGCGCCUCACUCUGCUGUCAGGUACAGAUCAAAUUCUUGGGGUCUACUUCUGAGUUUAGAAGACCUAUUACAAAAAGUGAAGAAGUAGGCUGUGGGAAAAUAAAUGACUUUUGACUAC